AUGACAAACAACUUGAAUCCAAGACUUUGGCCUAAACAUUAACCCCAAUUCUCCAUGUCGGUACAGUUAAACAUCAAUCAACUCACAUUAUUCUCAAUUCUGUCCCCAUUUUCUAGAUUAUUCCCUAACUACUCCACCCCUCUGAUCAGGAAAAGUAACCUGAAAUGGAGAAUUCCGGAGCGGUGGAGGGAAUCGAAUACUGGCUGCAGUGGCAGGUGCUGCUUUGCGCGCUUAUAUUCGUGCUCCCGACGGCGCUCGCCGUCAGACUCCUCCGGAAGAGGGGCGGCGGAAGCGAUCCACUGAAGCCGGUGGAUCUCUGGGCUCCGUGCUGGCGCAAUCUCCAUCCUCGAUGGCUUCUCUUCUACCGCGCCUUCGCCUUUAUCGCCAUGGCUUACUUGCUCUACGAGACUGUUGCUGCCUUUGGAUUCUUCGUCUUCUUUUUCUACACUCAGUGGACGUUUGCACUGGUGCUAGUAUACUUUGCGAUUGCUACUGUGGUCUCGAUUCGGGGAUGUAGGAGGAAACCCAUUCAGACUGGGGAGAAGGAUAAUUUACUGAAAAAGGACAUGGAAGAGAAGCUUGGAUUUCUAGAAAAUCUACUGCAAAUCAUCUAUCAGACAUCUGCAGGAGCUGUUAUGCUCACAGAUAUCGUGUUCUGGUGCCUCUUGCUUCCAUUCAUGUCGGGCGAAAACUUUAAGCUUACUCUGUUGAUCGGGUGCAUGCAUUCUGUAAAUGCUGUGUUUCUCAUUAUUGAAUCUGCUGUCAAUCGCAUGCCAUUUACUUGGUUUGGGCUCAUCUACUUUGUUCUAUGGAGCUGCUCCUACGUUGUCUUCCAAUGGGCUAUUCAUGCUUGCUGCGUCAAAUGGUGGCCAUAUCCUUUUCUUGAUCUUUCAACACCAUGGGCACCCCUAUGGUAUCUGGCUCUGGCGUUGGUUCACAUCCCCUGCUAUGGGUUGUAUGUAUUACUUACAAAAGCAAAGCAUGCAGUCUUCUCAACAUGGUUUACCAGAUCAUUUGUGAGGUUUCCGGAGAAGAAAGAAAUUUAGCAAGUCAGAUUUAGACAUUUGGAAAUACAUGGAACUGGACUGUAUCGAGUUAUACAGCAAAUGUAUAACAACACUAUAAAUAUUUUUGUGGGAAGGACCCACUCUUUUCAUAGCUUGAUUGGUUCUUAUUUGAUACUCUUAAUAUAAUUCGAAAUAAAGGAAAAAAUAUAUCUUGUUUGAUACUCUAAUAUAAUUCAAAAUGGAUCAAAUACAUAUAGAGAUAGGAAUCACACUAUAUAUUCUAGAUUUUGAUUAUUCUAAAUGCGCAAGCAUAACAGUGUAGAAAACUACACAUGUCGAGCGAGAAAAAAAAUAAUUCUUAAAACAAAGCCAGUACUUACAUAUCUAAAAGAAACCCAACGGAAUAUUUCUUACAUACAAGAUGAGUUUUACUCAUGUUUCACACAAUAAGAAGCUUCAACUUUAUAUUUGCUUCUGACGCAAAAAUUAGUUUCUAACCAGUGAAACGACACCCAUUUGCAUUGCGCAGCAAGUUUAUUAAUCUACACCAUAAUUACCCAAAUAGUAUAAAACACCAUGAAUUCGACAAAAAGUACUACUGAGUAAUGCUAUUUAACACGGAUAUAAAAAGAACUACAGCAGAACUAUAUCUACAUAAACCAGUGAUGCGAAAAGUUGAACAAAAUUCAAACACAGAUAAACUGCAGUAUAUCCAUAAUAUCGGAACAGAUCAAAAUUAUAACAUGAAAAAUCCCUUCAAAAACGACUAUUCAACAUAUAAAAACGCCUCAAUCACCGGCAGUCUUAUUGUAGACAUAGGUGAGCCCGCACUUACCGCAGUAGUGCCUGUCGAAGUGGUUUGCCAUGAAAGUUCCGGCGCCGCACUCGGCGUUGGGGCACUCCUUCCUGAGCCUCUGAACCUUCCCAGAGUCAUCCACCUUGUAAAACUGGAGCACGGCGAGCUUGACCUUCUUCUUCUUAUGCUUGAUCUUCUUCGGUUUGGUGUAGGUCUUCUUCUUGCGCUUCUUCGCGCCACCGCGGAGGCGGAGGACCAGGUGGAGGGUGGACUCCUUCUGGAUGUUGUAGUCGGCGAGGGUGCGGCCGUCCUCGAGCUGCUUUCCGGCGAAGAUCAGGCGCUGCUGGUCCGGCGGGAUGCCCUCCUUGUCCUGGAUCUUGGCCUUGACAUUGUCGAUCGUGUCGGAGGAUUCAACCUCCAACGUGAUGGUCUUACCCGUUAGGGUUUUCACGAAUAUCUGCAUCUU